CUCUAGACUUAUCAAACUUUCUGCAGAUAGGUUUCGAGUGGCAAGUGAAACUACAUCGUUUCAUUUUAGAUUUGUUUGGACUUUGGCCCAAAGAUAUACAAAAUUCUUGGGAGAAAUUAAUGUGCAACUUUCGCGUAUUCAUAAUUUUACUGGGAUUAAUACUCUGUCUUAUAAUUCCUUCUAUACAUUCUUUAAUAAUAAUUUGUGGAGACCUUAUGCUAAUGAUAGAUAAUUUACAAUUUACUUUACCAAUUCUAUGUUCCUUGAUUAAAAUCAUGAUUUUUUGGUGGAAAAAAGAAGCUGUUGUCUCAAUUAUGAAUAUGAUUGCGAAAGAUUGGACAAAGUCAGUAAACGAUCAAGAGAAAAGUUUAAUGGUACGAAGGGCGCAGAUUUCACGCAUAAUUAUUGCUUGUUCCUACUGUAUAAUGGGAGUACAGUGCUUCUUUGUCGUUGUACUGCCUGUUUUUGGAAUGUCAAUGAGACUGACUCCAAAUAUUACUGAUCCAGGAAGACCGAUGCCAAUACAAACCCAUUAUUUUUACGAUAUAACAAAAAGACCGCAAUACGAAUUGACAUUUAUUAGUCAAUCUAUUUAUGUAGCUAUUGCCAUGAUGGCCUACAUUGGAAUAGACAAUUUUCUCAGUCUCGUAAUUUUUCAUAUAUGCGGGCAAUUAAACAUUAUUGAGAAUUAUUUAACACAUUUAAAUAAGUAUAUAAAUUAUCACAAAAUAUUAAAAUAUUGCGUAGCAAAACAUAUCCAAUUGAUUAGGUUUGUUUAUGAUUAGGUUUAUUUAUGAAAAAAAGUAUUUGGAUUUAUUCCAACUCUCUCUCUCUCUCUCUCUCUCUCUCUGUACAAU